AUGGUGUCCAAACUCCCUGUCUUCGCUGCGCUGUUCUCGGUCACCUUCGCGAAGCCCAUGGCUCGCAGCAUGAAGCUCCGCGAGGCCAUACCCGCAGUUCCUGAUGGUUACGUCAACAACGGACCUGCUCCCGCGGAUACCCAGCUCAACCUGCGCAUUGCGCUCGCCCAGAGCGACCCGGAUGGGCUCAUAGACGCGCUGUACGACGUCAGCACGCCGACCAGCUCGUCUUAUGGCCAGCACCUCAGCAAGGAAGAGACCGCCUCAGCCGUCAACGCCUGGCUCACACAGGCUGGCGUGAAUGCGAUCCCGAUUUCGCCUGCCGCCGACUGGCUGAGCAUCAGUGUUCCUGUCAGCUUGGCGAAUGACCUGUUCGACGCCGACUUCACUCUCUUCAACCAUUCCGAGACCGGCAAGCGGAUAGUCCGCACGAUGCAGUACUCGAUUCCUGUUGAUCUCGAGGGACAUCUCGACGUCCUUCACCCUACAGUCUCGUGA